AUGAAAUCAGUAAGAAUUUUAAUGGAACGCCUGGCUAACUACGAUGUAUAUGAAAACUUUAGUUGGAGCGGCAAAUCAGGAAUAUUAAAAGAUAAUGUAACGAAACUAGUCUUUUCUGAUUUAGAAGGGGUUAUAAAACUUGUGAUAAAUACAAUUAAUAUGAAAAGUUCAGAACCCAGAGGAAGUGUCAUUAAGACUUUAAAAGAUUUCUGUAAGCGGAGUUCGCAAAACAAGAAACGGGUAGAAGACAAACAAAGAAAAGCAGAAGAAAAUGAAACAGCGGCCGACAAAUGGAAGGUAACCAAAUCAACUUUACAGAGAAGAUGUAAAAAUCAGAAUUUGGGAAGAUAUGGAAGACCUACAGUUCUGAAAAAAGCGGAAGAAGACGAUCUUAUUAGAGGGCUAACCACAGCAGCUGAAUGGGGAUUUCCCUUAAGUCACUUUAAAAUAAGAUGCAUUGUGAAACAAUAUCUGGAUAGUAAGGGUGUUGUAGAAAAACGAUUUAAAUAUAAUUUCCCUGGUCCUGAUUGGCUUUUGUCACAGUAUUCAUUGCACGAUUCCGAAUCCUCAGUUGGUCCGAUGGACUUUGACAAUGUGGAUAUAGAGGAAAACCGAGAAGAUUUUGACCAGAGUGAUAUAGAAGAAAAUAUGACAUUAGCUAUCAGAAGAAAAUUCAAAAAGUAA